AUGGAUGGCCAGACCCUAGCGGUUAACUUUGGGGAAGAGCUGAAGGUCGCCGGUGGGAUCGCGUGGCUUGAUGAUAUACAGUCAUUUUAUCGCGAGAGAGCAGUGAUAGAGAAGGAGUACGCUGCAAAGCUCAACGCUCUAGCAAAAAAAUAUUUUGAGAAGAAGGCCAAAAAAAGCUCGAGCCUCAGUGUUGGAGAUACACCGUUUAUGACUCCGGGCAGCCUAGAAAGUGCCUCGUUGACUACAUGGACCACUAUUCUUUCCGCAACGGAAUAUGUUUCGAAAGAACACGACAAUUUCGCCGCGUGCCUCUCGAAUAAAGUAUGCGAUUCUCUAAAGUCAAUUGCAACCCGAUACGAAGAUUAUCGGAAACGCCAUGAGUCCCUUGCCGCAAAACUAUUAGCGGAAAGAGAUUCAGUCUACUCCGAUUUGAAGAAGAGCAAGGAUUCAUAUGAUGCGACAUGUAGAGUUGUUGAGGAGAAGAGAGCCAAGGUUGAUAAGAGUUAUGACACAGCAAAGCCCAAAGCUGAAAAGUCCUACCAAACGCAACUGGCCGAAAUGAACAAUGUAAAGAAUACCUACCUCCUACAGAUCGCUGUUACAAAUAGGCAAAAGCAAAAAUACUUUUAUGAAGAUCUCCCAGAACUAAUCAACUCCCUACAAGACCUAAACGAGACCCGUGUCGCCAAGUUAAAUUCGCUUUGGACUUUGAGCAAUGAACUUGACUCAACCUGCCGUAAAAACACUAUAUCCCAUCUUUCAGGAGUUAUAGCAGAGAUCGCCUGCAACAUCCCCACUUACGACUCUGCGAUGUUCGCUAAACACAAUAUGGCAGGUUGGGUUGAGCCAUCCAACUUCGUGUUUGAACCAAGUCCGAUAUGGCAUGACACCGACGAAAUAGUCGUUGAUGAGAACGCCAAAGUUUUCUUGAGAAAUCUACUAGGAAAGAGUCGGCGAGGCCUCGGAGAUGCAAAAACACAGGUCGAGUCUAGGCGGAAGGAAAUCAAUGGAUUAAAGGAGUUGAUCGAUACUGUCAAGCUUGAUGAAAGCAAGAUGCAGAAAGAAAUUGACGCGACUAGAGGCAUAUUCUACAACUUUGAGGAAUUGGCCCCUCAUUCAACAAAACUAACAACGCUCCAAGUCGAAAUUGAAACCAUCUUGGGGGCAGUGGGUGAAAUUGAACGUGGAACGCAAACCCAUAAAUUUAAGCCCACAACCUUCAAAAUCCCGACAAAUUGCGAUUUCUGCAACGAAACUCUAUGGGGCCUGAAAAGUAAAGGGUUUACUUGCCAGGACUGUGGCUACUCAUGCCACAAACACUGCGAGAUGAAGAUUCCGGCAGCUUGCCCGGGAGUGCUAGACAAGGCUGCAAAAAAGGCCCUGAAGGAGGAAAAACGGAUGAGCAUGGCUAUCGGUGGACCAAACGGGAACGAUACAGAACUAAGCCGUAGUAACACCAUGAAUUCGCUAUCCUCCAGUUACUCAGGGGGGAGAUUACGCACCAAACCUUCAGGCAGCAAGUUACCAACUAGCGUGAGUCCUAGUGCAGCUAGUGCUGAAUUGGAAGCCACCCCUGAUAUUGCCCCCCCGAGGAGGAACAGAGUCAUAGCUCCGCCACCAGAGCGAUACGUCUCACCCCCUUCCGAACCCAUAGCGGAGCUCCCAGAGCAUGGGAAACAAAAGAUUGGACGGAUGAUAUAUACAUAUUCAGGUACAGGCGAGGGUGAAAUAAGUAUCGAGGCAGGGGCAGAAGUAGUCGUCGUUGAGCCGGAUGAUGGAUCAGGAUGGGUCAUGGUUCGCUCAGGGAAUGCUGAAGGCCUUGUUCCUGCCACAUACAUUGACGUUGAUCCAUCGCCUGCGGCGCGCCCAAGUAGCGUACACUCUUCCUCCAAUGCAUCUAUUGCAAAUUCAACAUUCAGUACAGGGAAAAAGAAAGGUCCUGCUGUGAAGCCAAAGAGGGGUGCCAAAAGAGUAAAGCAUGUUGAAGCCCUAUACGACUAUGAGGCAAGGAGCGGUGCGGAACACAGCAUGAUUGAAGGCGACAGGUUUGUACUGGUCAAGGAAGACGAUGGAAGUGGAUGGGCAGAGGUCGAGAAAGGUGGCGUUGUGAAGAGUGUGCCAGCGGCAUAUGUUCAAGUCGUCGAAGGAUGA